AUGCUAUCAACCACCGUUUUCUAUCUACUACCCCUGGCUGCCCUAGCCACCGCAGCCCCAACCAAGCCAUCAAGCCCCGACCUCACAAUCCGAACAACCAGCGGUCUAGUACAUGGUAUCUACAAUGACACCGCGCACAAUGUCCGCGCAUUUUUAGGAAUCCCCUACGCUGAACCACCCACCGGAGACCUACGCUUCGCACCACCACAACCGAAAUCGCCUUCAUCGUCUCCAAUAGACGCAUCGGCCUUUGGUCCCCCCUGCCCACAGGUCUACAGCUAUAACAACGAAUCCAUCUGGAGUGUCCUCCCCUACCGGAUCUGGAAUGCCCAAGAUAUGAGCGAGGACUGUUUGAGGGUUAAUGUUUGGACGCCGACUAGCCAUGUCGAUAGUCAAGAUGCAGAGGAGCCCAUGGGUAAGGGGAAAGCGGUCAUGCUCUUCAUCCACGGAGGAGGGUUUGGCGAGGGCGCGGGCUCAGUCGGGUUCUACGAUGGGGUUGAUUUGGCGGGGAGAGGUGAUGUGGUUGUUGUUACGUUCAACUACCGGCUUAACAUCUUCGGAUAUCCGAAUGCGCCUGGGUUGGAGGCGUCAGAGCAGAAUGUUGGGCUGUUGGAUCAGAGACUCGCAAUCGAAUGGGUGCACCGAAACAUCGCCAACUUCGGUGGCGACCCAGACCGAAUUCUACUCUUCGGACAGUCUGCUGGAGCGGCAUCUGUUGAUGGUUACACUUACGCUUACCCAGAUGACCCCCUCGUGAGCGCAUUCGUGCUACAAUCGGGCACCGUGUCUCUACUCAACAAUGUCGACCCAGCGCACAGCAACUGGAACCGCCUGUCCACCGUGAUCGGAUGCGGUACAGGAACUGAAUCGCUGGCUUGUAUGCGGAGCGUCCCGUUUACCGAGAUUCUCGGGGCUCUGGGGAACGGUAGCUACACUUUUACUCCCGUUGUCGAUAACCGGACUGUGUUUGCGGAUUAUCGUGCCCGGGCGAGGAGUGGAGGACAGUCGCGUCUGCCAACAUUGGCGGGUGUAAACGCCCGCGAAUUCUCGGCCGGAUUUCCGCUUAGCCAGACCAGCAUCAAUGAGACGGCGGUGACGGAGGAUCUGUAUGGGAGUUUCAGCUGCCCUGCCUAUGAGGCUGUAAAGACUCGCCUGAAUCACCAUAUUCCGACCUGGCGGUACGUCUACCACGGCAACUUCACGAACUUGAGUCCUAGGCCUUGGCUAGGCGCUUAUCACAGUGCUGAGCUCCCCAUUCUAUUCGGCACGUAUAAUCAGACGACUCUUCCGCCGCCCCCGAGCAAAAACGAGAUGGAUGCUAGUAAAUACUUCCAAGGCGCUUGGGUUGCCUUCGCCAAAGACCCCCACACCGGUCUCACCGAAUACGGAUGGCCGCGGUUUAGCUUCAAUGAGCGCACCCUCGUCAAUCUGGCUGUCGGCAAUAAGCCCGGGGCUGUGCUUAGUUCGGCAGGGAAGUGGGAUGGACACUGCGAUGGGGAGACGCAUUAUGUCGAUGUCUUUGGUUGCGCUGGGGCCAUAGUCUGGUGGCCAACCUUGGAAGGAACGACAGCCAGACAAGAAACGAAACGAAAAGUCAUCAUCCACUUGCAUUGCAUCUUCCCACCUCUUCCCUCCAACCCCCUCUUCCCUCCCUCUCUCUCUCUUCCUCUCUCUCUCUCUCCCUCUCACUCUCACCAUGACACUCUCACAUACCAAAUCAACACCACUAUCCAAUCAAACACACUUAAUAACCAACGUCGCUGGCUUCGCCACAUUCUGCGGAAACCGCGCAUAGCUCGCCCGCCCAUCCACACUCACAACCUCCACAAACGCAUUGUUGUCAAUGCGGUUGCCGCUGAUCGUGCACUUCGCGCCCUCCACAACACCGGCCGUGAGCAUCACGCUGUCGACGCGGAAGGUCGGGUUGUACCGGUCGGGGUAGCGGGGAGGAACGGCCACGUUGACGCCGUUGGCCGGGAUCACGGAGGACUGCUGGCCGCCGGUGUUUUCGUUGAUCAGGGCCACGGUGCGGGUGGUCGACUGGCGGACUUCGAGGUCCAGGGGCGCUGGGGCGGCGGUGAUGGUGGUUGCCAGGAGGGCGAGGAGGGCGGCGGUGGUGGUGGUGAGGAACUUCAUGUUGUUUUCUGGGGUGGUCUUCUUGGAAGAGACCGACUUCGACUUGGACUGGAUCUAGAGCCUCUUUAUACCUGGCCUACCUUUUCCCUCCUUGGAUCCGGCAUGCCAUCUUCUCCUCUUUGGCUCGUCCAAGUCAUGCUUCGCCACGGUAUACCUUACACAACGCCGUAA